UUGUUCAUUCUAUGUUUGGCAGCGCUGUGUUAAACACCGAAAAGACCUGAUACAAAAACAACAAGGAUAUCCGUGAAAUCGCCGGGAAAACUAGCACGAAGUAAUCUUUUUAUUUUUGCACAAAAAUUACAACGCGUUUUGCAAAAAAAAAAAGAAACAAAUUAAAGAGACGCAACAACUGUAGCAACAAUCAAACCAAAGUGUACAUACGUGCAAAUCCAGCGUGCGUUCGUUGCCGCUUUAUAAAUACGAGUAUGUGUAGAAAAUUCGAAAAGUGCAAAUAUAUUUAAAUCACUACGCGAGUGCUCAACGUUCACAGUUAACAAACAAAACAAGUCACAUAAUUGCAAAUAGAAUUAAAACAGUUACACAGACUGCAGCGAUAAACGCGGUGCAACCUGUAGCGCUUCAAUUGCGAUUGUGAUUUUGAAUAUACAAACACACCCAUACACACACACACAACACACACACACACGGCUUUUGUGCAAACAAGCCGGAAGCAAAUCCCAAAUGCAAUUGUUUUGAACCGCAGCUGAGCGGAGCUUUUUACCUGUUGGACAAGAAAUCAAACGGCGGCAGCGGCAUUAGUACAAAAAAGGCCAAAACAUGUGGUGCAUUGUCAACCUGCCCAACGGCACCCAGCAAGCCGUCAAGUGGGAUCCCAAAGCCAAUGGCCAGGAGUGUCUGGAGAAGGUUUGUCGCGCCAUGAACAUCAUCUGCGAGAUGGAGUACUUCGGUUUGGAGCACUGGACGCCCAACCAGAAGGAGUCGCAGACGCGCCAGUGGAUCAAUCUGCGCAACCGGCUCUCCGGCGACAGCGGCAGCAGUGGCAGUGGCAUCCAGCUGAUGCUGGCGCUGCGCGUCAAGUUCUGGGUGCCGGUGCACUUCAUCCUUCAGGAGAGCGUGCGCAAUCUGUUCUACAUGCAGGCCAGGCGCGAUCUGCUCGAGGGCCGACUCACUGCACCCGACUGGAGCGGAGCGGCCAAGUUGGCGGCGCUGCUCUGCCAGGCGGACGGGCUGCGCUUCAAUGAGUCCUCGCUGCGGGCCGACUGCCCCAUGCGGAUGCGACGGGAGUUGGCGCAGCAGCAGCAGCAGCAACAGCAGCAGGCGCAGCAGCAGCGACUGGAGCAGCAGCGCAAGGAGAAGGAGCACGUGCUGAGCUUCAAGAAGCGGCGGCUGUCCAAGCAGAAGUCCAUGGAGCACAUCGAGAUCUGCACGCUGCCGGUGGCUAGCACCACCAGCUGCAGUCUCCAGCCCUCGCCAUCCGCCUCCGCCUCAGCAUCCGCAUCAGCAUCUGCCUCAGCAUCUGCCUCAGCAUCCGCCUCAGCAUCCGCAUCCGCCUCAGCAUCCGCCUCCACAUCCGCCUGCUCGCAAACCCACUCGAACAGCAGCUCCAGCAGUCCCAGCAACAGCAGCAGCCAAACGGGUCUGGACGAGCGACUGGCCAGCAAUCCACUCCGCGUCUACGAGGAGUACUUCAUGCAGCCCAGCUGCGAGUUGGAGCCGCCGGCGGACUAUCUGCGCCAAAUAGCCGUGGAGCACGGCAAGCUGGCCAAGCUGCAGAUGAGCCUCAAGACGGCCAAGUACUGGCUGCUCAAGUCCAUCCAGGAUCUCGAGGGCUACGGCGAGGAGCUCUUCAGCGGCGUCACCACCAACGAGAGUGCCACGCGCUGCGACAUCGCGGUGGGCGCCCAUGGCAUCACCGUUUGCCGGGGGGGCGAGAAACAGAGCAUCCCCUUUGGCGCCAUCGCGGCGGCCAAGUCGCUGCGUCGCACCUUCAAGCUGGAGUACGUGGACGACCACAACGAUCGCAAGGAGCUGGAGAUCAAGCUGCCCAAGCAGCCGAUAGCCGCUGGCCUCUAUCGCUCCAUCACGGAGCGCCACGCCUUCUACGUGUGCGACAAGGUGCGCGGCGUGGUGACCAAUCAGUUCACCCGCGAUCUCAAGGGCACCAUCGCCUCCAUGUUCAUGGAGAACACGGAGCUGGGCAAGCGCUACGUCUUCGACAUUCAGCACACGUGCCGCGAGGUCCACGACCAGGCCAGGCGAACGCUUCACGAGCGCGGCGGCGAUCUGGUGGCGGAGGGCGCCGAGGGCUGUGCUGCUGCUGUCGCUGGAGGAUUGGGCGUCUCUGCCGUCGGCGAGCCGGGCGUUAGUCCAUGGGCGACGACUGGUGCCGGCGGCUCCAUGGCCGGCAAGAUAGAUUUGGCCAUACGCGAGAAGGAGGCGCGUGAGGCGGCGAUUGAGCGUUGCGUGGACACGCGCAUCUCGGAGGCCAUGCAGUGCAAGAUCUGCAUGGACCGCGCCAUCAACACAGUGUUCAAUCCGUGCUGUCACGUCAUCGCCUGCGCCCAGUGCGCUGCAAGAUGCAGCAACUGUCCCAACUGUCGGGUGAAGAUAACCAGCGUGGUCAAAAUCUAUCUGCCGCCGGAGCUGCGCACCAGCCAAACCGGCAGCGGCGCCACAACCACCACCACCAGCAGCAGCAGCAGCAGCAACAUGGCCAGCGAUGGCCACGUGGAGGAGCAGCUGCUCCAGCAACAGCUGGACGAGAUCUCGGCAGCACCCGCCUCCCUGGAGGCGGGAGUAGGAGCAGGAGCAGGAGCAGGAGCAGGAGCAACCGGACCUGGUGGACAGCCGAAGGUGACGACGGCCGCCUAGAAUUGGUUGUGCUCGCUGCUGUUCCGGCUGAUGGAAUGGGUGUGCGUGCCGAUUGUCUGAGAAGCAACAUGAUUCACCACUAGUACUCAAUGGUACUCAUUAGUACUCGUACUUUAUGACCACAACCUACACAAUGGGAACAAACCGACGAAUGGCAAACAAGCAACAUGCAACAUGCAACAUGCCACGUGCCAGGUGCAACAGGCGAAAUGGGUUUGAAACCGAUUCGAAGCGGAGUAGUCAGUCAGUCAACAAUCGUAGCUCUAUCUUUACUCAAGUAUUUUAGCGACAUAAGCAACUGAAACUCUAACUCUAACUCUACAUCUAACUCUAAAUCUAAAUCUAACUCUAGCUGUAGCUGUAACUCUAAUCUACAGAGUAGCCAUAUACACGAUAUAUAUAUACAGAUAUAUAUAUAUAUACAUAUUUACUAUUUAUAGAUGUACGGACUUCGAGAAAGUGCUAUUUAAACUCGUCUAAGACUUCACUGCAUAGCCUAUGCCUAGAAUCUAUAACUGCAGAUUGUUUCAUAUUCAUAUACACACUGUAUACUGUAUACACAUAGAUAUAUAUUUACGAUCGUUAUAGAUCAGCGAUACCUUAUACCAUAUACCUUAUACGAUGUAGCCCUUGAAUGUACAACAUAGUUACUUACUAAAACGUUAGCAAUUUUACCAACUAAA